AUGAACCUUGAUCAAGUGUCUGAAAAGCAUAGAUCCGGUUCUUCGGACCCAACCGGAUACGCUGAGGCUCGGUCCCACGAGACAGCCACACGACGGUCUAUUCACAACUCCAUAUGGACGAAGGAUUGUGCUGUUAUACCAUCUACAGACUCCAGCGCUAGCGCCAACGCCAACUUCGAGGCUGUCGUCGAGGCUGACGUCGAUGUCGAAGUCGCCGCUGGACGUCCGUUCGCAGAGUCGGAGACAAGCGCUACGGGGAUGAGUGUAAUGCGCCAACGGGACUCAAACUCUCGCCUCCAUGGACAAAGAGCCGGCGGUUGCCGGGCCGAAAUGGAGGGGGCGGUGAGGCAUGUUGCAGAGAACAUGGACUGUGACGAGCUCAAGUCAGGUUGGUGGCUAACGAAGUAG